UAAUUUGUACAUACUCAGCAUUGAUAUUCAGUAAUUAUUAAAUUAUUAUUAAAAUGAAAUCAACAAAGACGUAAAUAAAAUUACGGUAUAUUGUAUUAAACUAUAAUUAGAACCAAACAGAAAAGGACAAAGCAUACGUUUAAUUACGUGUUUAUAUACCCUGUUAAUCUUAUUUAGAACAUAUUUUUACGCACUUAUAUUGGGUUAGAAUUAGUUCCGUAAGCUAAAAUACAUGGGUAUUGCUCUGCCUUUCUCACAUCGUAGAGUUUGUACCUCCACGGACAUAAUAUACAGUAAUCCUUUGAGCGUAAUUUCCGGUUUCAACAGUCACGUUUCCGCCAACAAGUAGGCUACGCGGGAUAAGAACGGUAAAUAACAUCAAGCCAAAGAGCAAUUUCUAGGAGAACCUCUUCCAUAAAAUCACAACCAGCAGAGGGUUAGCUUGAAAACCCUAUACACACCACGGCGAAAUGUUUAAACUCGAGGGUUUAGGGCCAAAAAUGGACCCAGAGGAAAUGAAGAAGAAGAUGCGACAGGACGUAAUCACGUCCGUGCGCAAUUUUCUAAUCUAUAUUGCCCUUCUCAGAGCCACUCCUUAUAUCUUAAAGAAGUUGGACAGCAUUUGAGAACUUUUGCCUUUCCAGUAUUCACACUUGGUUUACUUCAACAAGGACAAUGGACAUCACCGUGACAGCGGACCCAGGCAUCCAUCUAGACACCAUCAUGUAGAUCCUAUAGGGAAGACUUCUUUAUAGGUUAUAAUGGAGACGUGUGUCCCCAGUAUAGAACUUGAACACUCAGAGGUUAUCAUUUGUACUCAUCAAUAUGUAUAUGUAUAUUAUAUGGUUCAGGAAAAGCAACUGACUGCAUUUUUUAUUUAAAGUGAUUCUAUGCCUCCAUAGGCACUCUUUUCAACGGUCCUUCUCAGUGAAUGAGAGUUUGUGGUAAUUGGAGAUGGGAAUAUUGUUUAGUCAUGUGAAUCACCUGUAAUAAAGGGAGGACAUGUUAAAAUGUGUCACUGGUAGCUCACUUGUAAGAGCAGGACGUUUUUAAAGACUGGGUUGUGGGUUUGACUGCAAGUAUGAAAAUGUAUGCCCUUAAUACUGUAAGUCUCAGUAUAAGAUUUAUCUGGUGUAAGUCAGUAUGGUGGUAUAAAAUGUCCUUCACCCUCGAUAACUACUUGACUGUGGCCUCCAUGGAAUCAUGAAGAUAAAAGAAUACUUUUGCACUGCCUGAGUUUUCUGUUUGCUAGAGACAGGCCGUCUUUCCUUUAGUCUAAAGACAUCCCAAUGCAAUGGCUGGUAAUUUAGUACACUGACCUGCAUAAUAUUUUUUUUUUUCAUUUCCCUUGUAAAAUACAAAUAGACUAAGCGUUCAAUUAUUACCGGAAUAUCCCAAGAUAAUGACUUGCCUGGUAAAAUUAGAGUAUUACUUAAAUAUCCCACAUGGGGGUGCACUUGUCUUAUUUUUCAGGAGGAAAGCAUUAAUCAAUCUUUGGUAAAACUGCUGUUCAAUCUACGCAAUCUUUAGUAAAAACAGAAUUUCGAUAGAGAAGGGGUUCUUAAAAUAAAGUUGCACACUAUCAGUAAUGAAGUAUGGACGGAUCCACGUACGACGAACGAACCAACAGUUUGAGCCAGUGGUAGACCAGCUAGACAGCGAGAGGGAGAGCCCCCGAGCACGCCGCCAUUCAGAUGCGACGUAAAGAACGGGUCUACUUCAUCAGCCCCUCACUGGUGUAACGGUAGCAGCAGCAGGCAGUCCUUCCGUGUUUUUGUUAGAUUAGAUGUGUGGGCCCGCCCCUUCGUUUACUGCCGCGACCCUACAACAUCAUCUGCCUGCCUAAUACUAUUUUCAGGCAGAGAUGGACUUCCCAGGUCAUUUCGAGCGCAUCUUCCAGCAGCUGAACCAACAGCGUGUCAGCGGUCAGCUCUGUGACUGUGUAAUUGUGGUUGGGGGCCAGCCCUUCAAGGCCCACCGCUCCAUCCUGGCAGCCUGCAGUACACAUUUCAGGGCCCUAUUAAAUUCAGUAGAUGGGGAUGGAGGAGGUGGUGGGGAAGGAAGUAGAAGAGCCAGUAUGAUGGAGCUAGACCCAGAGGUUGUGACUCCUGAGGCUUUCUCUGCCUUGCUAGACAUGAUCUACACCUCCACUCUCACUCUGGGGAACUCCAAUGUAAUGGAUGUGCUCUUAGCUGCGUCCCACCUGCACCUUAACACUGUGGUCAAGGCCUGCAAGCACCACCUCACCUCACGCAACUUUCCCACAUCGCCCCCGCGGGGCUGGAGGUCGCCGGUGCCGCCGCCGCCGCCGCAGCAAUUCAGCCUUGAGGUGGACCAGCAGCAACUGAGGACUUCUCCAUCCCAGGCGUCGGCCAUGGUUGUGGUCAACUCCAGGCAGCAGAGAUCCGUCCUGCUUCAGCAGCUGGGACUCAGCCUGGUCACCUCAGCCCUGGAAGGGAGUCUUGACAACAGGGACAUCGAAACAGAGGCAAGCCAGGCUGGAGACCGGGACGGAGAGAUUCGGAUGUGUGGAGGCACGGAGCAACAAGUUACUUUCUGUGGCCGGCGACUCCAUAAGCGGAAGAACUCCUCUCCACAAGUGUUUCAGGAGGAGCGACUUCACAGCAAGCAGAGAGGGGGCAGGCUGUCUGAGGAGAACCACGUGGACGGCUCCCCAAGGGUGACCAGAAGUCACGGGGGUGAAGAGCUUCCCUCCCCAGACUCAUUGAAGACAGACGAGGGACUCCGCCUGGAGAGGGCAGAAACCGAGGAGUUGGAGGAGAAGUACGAGACAGGGGGAGUAGUAUUGCAAGAGGAGGUACAGCUGCCUAGCCAGUCUGACGGCAGUGCGGGAGGGAGGCUGGCGGGUGGGGGAGAGGGCCAGUUGGGUGGCCCUCUUGUGGACAGAGGACUGGUGUUUAAAGUUAAAGUGGGAGAUGAGGGGCAUGAAGAGGAUGAUCAGAAGACUAAUGUUGUGGUAAAGAAUGAGCAGCUGAGCAGCUCCUAUCCAGACACACCAGGUGUGUCCAAUGACCCUCCAUCUACACCAGAGGACACCGGUGACCGCCACGAGGAGCCUGCCAAUGAUGAGAAAGACGUAAUCGUCCCGAAGCAAAGUGAUCCGAGCCCAUCCGACUCCCAGUCUGGUAUCGGUCCUCACACAGAGACACACCCACUCCAAAAUAGCACGGAGGUAGACGGGUCAUCUGACAAUGAGGGCCUGGACAGCAACCGAGACCUGGGCCUUUCCUGCAUUCUCAACCCCAGGAGUGCACUUGAGGCGGUAGGAGAGGACCGCCUCCUCACCACCUCCAUCAGUGAGGCUCAGGCAGAAAGCAUUGAAGCGGUUAGGUCACUGCAAGGUCCAGAGGGAUCAUCUGCCUCCUCCCUUAUGUUCCCCAUAACCCCAGGCCCCUUCCAACAGAUCCUCAGUGGAGAGGGACACAGUUUCAGUGACAGCUUCAUUCUCCAGCCCACCCAAACUCAGGAUGUUCUGGGGGGCUUCUUGAGAGGCGUUCGGCCGGACGUAGCCACCUUGGGCAGCCUAAGUCUGACCACCGCCCGCUCCCGUUCUCUCAGAGUAGACAUUACCGGAGCAGGGGGCAGUUUAGGGGCGCCAGCUUACCGUCGUAUCGCCCCAAAAGUGACGCCCAAUUCUGAGGCCCACAAAGACGGGCAACCCAGUGACGCCUCUUCUUCCGGUCAGGCGGCGGUGGACGCUGCCCCCCGGGCCACACUUACCAGAGCAUCAGAGGACGUCCUGUCCAAGUGUAAGAAGGCCCUAACCGAGCACAACGUCCUGGUGGUGGAGGGGGCCAGGAAGUACGCCUGCCAGAUCUGCUGCAAGACCUUCCUGACCUUGACCGACUGUAAGAAACACAUCCGGGUCCACACGGGAGAGAAGCCCUACGCCUGCCUCAAGUGCGGAAAACGCUUCAGCCAGUCGUCCCACCUUUACAAACACUCAAAGACCCUCUGUCUGCGCUGGAAAAACCACCUGCCUGCCACGCUGCUCUGAGACGCCGGGUUCAGCUGGACACCAAAAACGCAGCCAGCGCUCCCUGUUGGACAGAGACCGUUGACAUAUUCCGUUUGGAAAAGUUCCGGCACGUCAGGGUUAUUAGGCUUGUCGGGUUGCUUACACCGUAAAAACAAUAAAAUAGAUCCUUACAGGUUUCCAUAGAAAAAGGAUUUUUAAAAAGCGUACUGUUGAUUGUCUACUGUAAAAGGUCACGGUUACCUGCAGCGUGUUUUCAUAGAACAUGGAGGUUCUCUUUAAAAGAAUCCAAGCAUUAUUUCUCUGUAGGAUAAUUAUUACAGAAUGAGGAAAAUAAACUAGAGAGGAAUCAC